UCCUAUAACACUCCCUAGGUUGCACGACCGGCCUUUCUACCAAAAGCAACAAACAGCAACGAGCUAUCUAGGGGGAGAGUUAGCGAGUCAUCGCCUUCAUGCGAUCGCGUACGUCGUUGUCUCAUAAUUAAUAAUGGCCUCGAGCGACAAGUCACCAAGUGCUUUGGCUACUGACGGAGACCCCAGGCCGCCUGGGCAGCCUAUGACGAUGGAGCAGCAUGUGAUAGACAAGGGAGCUCAAAUACUUCAGUCCGUCAAGCCGGUGAAGAAGAUGAGCCAGCACGCCUGCACCUUUGCCUCCUACAGCCACGACAUGACCCGCCAGAUCGAGACCCACCACUACAUCACCCGCCUCAACCAGGACUUCCUCCAGUGCGCCGUUUACGAUACGGAUCACGCUCAUGGCCGUCUCAUCGGUAUUGAAUAUAUAAUAUCGGAUAGGAUAUUUGAAGAUUUGCCUCCGGAUGAGCAAAAGCUGUGGCAUUCCCAUGCUUAUGAGAUCAAGUCUGGCCUCUGGGUCAAUCCCCGAGUUCCAGGAAUAAUAGAGAAUCCCGAACUCGAAAAUUUGGUCAAAACAUACGGCAAAUUCUGGUGCACGUGGCAGGUUGAUAGAGGUGACAAGCUACCACUGGGUGCGCCUGCCUUGAUGAUGUCUCCACAACCGGUGAACCUGGGCCAGGUCUCACCGGAGCUGCUCCAUGCGAGGGAUAGGAAGUACAACAUAUCGACAGAAGUUCUGAGGGCAUCGAGGGUGGAGUUACCGGAGCCGGAGUGGAUCAAUCCGCAGGCUGAUUACUGGAAACAGCAUGGGAAGGGUUUUGCCAUUGAUAUAAAGCUCACCGAUAUGAUACUGAGGGCGCCAUUUCCCUGAACGUGACACAUACAAAAAGAGAGAAUAGAUCAGAAAUGCAUGGGCCGCUUCGCCUGUGUAUGUGCGCGCGCAUAUAGAAUGUUCGAACAUGAAUAUCCAUCGUUGUAUUUAUUAAUGUUAAAUAUGUGUGUGGCAAGAUCAGAUCGACCUUCUCGGGCGUUAGUUAUAACGCAUAUAUAGUGUAUUUAGAGUAGUGUUGUAAAUUACUAAAUGUGGAUCGGAUGUUUUAGAGCA